GAUCUUCUUACUGAUUUAACAGAAAUUUUAUCAAUAUUUGCAGAUAUAAUAGAAGAUCUAAAUAGAAGUAAUUAUAUUACAGAUAGUAUAUGUGUUCCAAUAUUAGUAGAAAUUAUUAAAACGCUUAGAACUAAAUCAACUAAUUUAUCAGAUGAUCAAGACUUUAAUAUUGAUAAAUAA